CCAUUCAUGCUCUCCAUUUCACUCAUCAUGACUAGCACCACACUGCACAGAUAAUCUGUCUAUUAUUUUCUUGAUUAAUCGAUGCUUGUGAAUGCUAGUGGGAAAUCUUCUUUUGACUUCAAGGUGACCAUCAGAUGUCUUCUUUUGCCCAAGCAACAGUCAAACCCUCAAAAUGUUUAAUUUACUAUCAUGCAAGAUGAGAAACAGCAGCAAAUUCUCCAUUUCAGAAACUGGGGCUGUCCGAUCUUGUCUUUUCUGGUUAAAAAUGACUUGAACAUUUAGUAAAAUGUAAAAAUAAUUGCCAAAUAAGCUUCUAUUCAUCAACUACAGCAGCACCUAGUGGCCAGCCCCAGUAUAAGACCGGUGUCUUGCUCAAGAGCAAUGGCAGCAACAGCUUCACACCGGUCACAUUUAUUGUUCAGCCCGUGCAUACCACUAACCUACUCCAAAGUAUUACAGGUGCUAAGCUUUGUGUAGUUUUUGUGUGAUAGAAUGACAUUUGGCUUUGACUAAUAUCUGUACAGUGACAUUAAAUGAGCAUCUUCACACCUACUUGGUAAUUUGAAUACCACAAAGGCCCACCGAUCGUACAAAACAAGUUUAGUUUGAACGACAUGUUAUACACAAGGAUCAUGAAUCUUAUGGUUCAGCUCCUUGUGGAAAAGGUGCAUAUGUAGCUGAAAAUGCUCUGAGUUAAAAAAUAGUUAAGUGAUAAUUUGAUUAUUGAAUGGGAACUCUGAGGGGCUCCACAGCAGAAUUAUGACUCAUUUAACUUCAUUCAAGACACACUGCUGGAAACUACUGAAAACCCCAAAUUAACUGUUUUUGUAGACAUGUAGGUGUACGAUAAGGGUCUUUGAAAUGGUAUCAAAAAGAGUCUCUGGUGUCAGUGUUUAGCAUAAUUUCACUACUGAAACACGUAGUGGUCGUGUUUUCAGUAAAUGUUAAAAAUGAUAUGAGCAAGCAGGUGCUUUGUAAAAAUUAAUACAUGUUGUGACAGCAGUAGAACAAAAAGUAGUAGGGGAAGAGGUUGCUCAAAGUUCAUCCAUAUCUCUGUAUAUUCAUGCCAACUCCUUAACUUGUGAUUGAUUCAGACCUUGUUCUCAAAAAACAGAUAUAGAUUUUUUUAUUUGGGUGUCACAAGCAUAGAAAAUUACUACAAAAUUAUUUUGCAGAAGAUAAUUUCAGCUUCCUGUUGAUUUUUUUUCUCUUUUAACUGUUUCAUAUUCAUAGCAGCAGCGUGAAUGUGGUGGGAAGGCACCACACAGACGCCGCUCAUAAGGGUCUGAAACCACAUCCUUAGUCACGCUAUGAUGGUGACGCUUUCACUGUAACAAACCAGAACAUUGUUCCACAAGACAUUCUCAGACAGGCGUCAGUGCGACAGUGCCUUGGUGACUCAGUUAGCUUGUUGACUGAUCAAGUGGCAGAGUUUUAAAAUUAAAAAAAGCUGUUGGGUUUCCUCCUGUCUAACCAGUGGCUAACAGUGGGUUGUCCCCAUGGCUCUUAAAGCUGUGUUCUUACUAUUGCUGUGGGACCUCACUCUGUCUCCUCAUGGUGUCACGUCUUUGUGCAAUGUCACCUGCUCGACGGACUACAUUGCUUCACUGAACUGUUCCUGCUCAGGCCCUGUGCCGACAUAUCCUCUCGUCAUCAAAGUCGUGUGCUGUGGUGAAGAUCUUGAGGCUAAUGGCAACUGUACAAUCAAACCACCUCAGUCCUGGUGUGUGAUGUAUCCAGAUAUGUUUGAUGACAUCGCAUCUGUUGGAACCGUGUGUAAUGCAACAGCCAGUCAACAAGGUGACCGAGAAAUUAUGAGUCCCAGUGAGUCAUCUAGCUGGGCAUUGAGCGAUGUGGUGAAACCUGCUCCCCCUUUUGAUGUUCAACUGACAAACACUGAGGGCUUCUACAACAUCACUUGGCACCACGACAACAAAGAAGACUGUCUCAAAUACAUGGUGCGCGUAAGAGAAAGCGCAGACUUGUCAAAGGAUCCUGUUUAUUCCCUUGAAGUGGAUGACAAGCGCAUUUUGAUAGACCGUGGGACGCUGCAACCACUUGUCAACUAUGCUGUGGCUGUUAAGGCCAAAAUGUGUCCUGGGAAUCUCUAUGAGGGUCCAUGGAGCGAGUGGAGUUCCACUGCAGAAUGGAGGACUACAGGAACUGCAAAGAUUGAAGGAUUUAAUGGCUGCUUGUUUUACAUCCCCCUGUCCAUCUUUUUUGUCCUUGGUCUCCUGGUUCUGGCUUGUUUACAAAAACCGUAUUUGCAGAGGAAACUCCAGCUGAUUACGUACGUCCCCAACCCAGAUGAGUUUUUCAAGCCCCUCUACCACAACUACGGAGGAAACUUUAAGGAGUGGGUGCAGCCUGUGUUCAGCGAGUACGAUUACCUCAAGAUCAGCUCACAAGUUCAUAUGAACGGCGAGAAGCAGCACGACAUCCUCCAGUGGAACAGAGAGAAACGAAGCUACAGAGAGGAGGACGAGAUGAAACAAGGCGAUCAUUUCCCCCAUAUGCUGCAGCCUCACAGCCACUCGCUGCUGUUCUUCCAGGAGGGUGGAAGUUCGCAGGGCACCAAUCACUCCACCGGACACAUCUCCAUCCACACUGUGACCCUGUCUGGAGAGGAAGAGUUCGAGGAGGAAGUCGUGUCACAGAGCUCUGUUAACACCCUCAGAAGUUACCAAGAUGGAGAAAGCUUUGGUUCAUUUGGAGAAGACAACGGAGAACAAGCUGGCUAUGAUUUAGAGGAACCUCAGGUGUCCAGGUUGGACAGACAAAGUGGGGAAUUACCACAUCAUGAAAACCAAAUAUCUAAUGACUUAUCAUUGGAAAAUAUAAACUUUCAGCCACAUGUCCCACUUAAUGAACCAGAGAGGGUAUCGCUUGACUCAUUCGCCUCUAAUGAGCAGUCAGAAGACGGCUACCCUCACGUGGACUUGGACACCAUUGACAGUGGUUUUGGAGAGUGCAGCAGCCCUGGAGCCUCAGACUCAAACAUUGCAGAGCAGAUAGACUCUGAUUCAUUUCGUGAGCACAAAAACUCAAAUUCUAACUACGUCAAGCAGUGGAUGGUAUGUAGCACUAUUCAAGAAGACUCCAGCAACUCGGAGAAUGAACUCCAUGGAUCACAGUGAUUAUCGUUGCUGAAUUACUACCACAAUCACAGUUAGUAGUGCUGUGAAACACAUUCCAGGAAAUUUACUUUGACUAAUAGUAGGUUGAAAGUAACUGCUCAUCAUACAACCCAGUACAUCCUGUACAUCUUGAAAUACUUUAGUUGUGCACUUUGUAUUAUGUAUAUACUCAUGUUUCUUCAUGUUCUUUCUUAUUGUGGUAUUUGCUUUUAAAUGACAGUUCAAAGAGACAGGAGAGAUUUGGUUAGAGAGAGAGAGGGUGAUGAUGUGCAUGGAGACUGGAGUAUGCCAAGAUAAGUGUUGAAUAAUCUUCAGAUAAUUCCAUCACAUAUUAAUUUAUCAUUGAAAGACAGAGGAAGGACGUAGAAUUGAAAUUCACAAAUGUAAUAUUUUAUUAUUACAUUCUUAAUGUAUCAUUUCAAUGCUAAUUUAGCUUCUUUUGAAUAUAUUGAUUUAUUAAUUGAUCAGAAUGAUGCAAACUCUAUAGUUUUGCCAUGGCACUCCAGGCUCCAUAAACAUGCCGCAUGGGAUCAAAAUUGUAUACUGUUAUACUGUAUUUAUACUGCUUUUGUCAUUUUUGUCACUGUAUAUACUGUAGAGCUCCAUAUCAUCACGGUCCUGCAUGCUUCAUUAGCUUGUACUGCAGCACCAGCAAGCAUGCUGCCUUAUCAAGAUGUCUGAUAAUGUCUAUUUACCUUGCACACAUAUUUUGUCAGUAACCACUGCAACCGUUCAUCCUGUUCUGUGCAAUGUCAGUAAAAAGAGCAAACUUGGAGAAAACAUGUAUCAUCUGUAAACACAAGAACCAUUGUUUCUGUGACAACAACAUAGUCCACAAUAACACGUUACAUUGACACACACAUUAAGACAGGGAAAAACACAGGGGGGGUGAAUACAUCAGCUCAGAUCAUACUCACAAUCCUAUGGCACCUGCAUACAUACUUUGGAAUCAGGUUGGCCUGUUUUCAUGGUUUCAUGUAUUCUCUAGUGAGGGUCCAUAGGGCACCAAGGUCAUUAUUAUAGUUCUUAAUGGGUUGAAACUGCACUCUCCAUUGAUAAUAAGUCCAAAAAGUCCUUCAGCCAGUUAUAUUUGUUAGUAUUUGUUUUGUAAGUAUUGUCCUCUUUACAGAGAGAAAGGCUAAUGCAACAAUACGUUGUGUUGUUCUUGCGUGUAUAUUUCUCUUCCUUUUUCCCAGUAUGCAUACAACGGCACAUUGAGGAAUAUGAACAUUUGUUAUCUCCUGUAAAAAAUCAGUUGCCUCAGUCCUGAUUUUUUUUUUUUUUUUUUACCAAUGGACAGGAACACAGUAAGUGCAUAAGUGUACCAAUCCUACCACAACCAUGCCAGCACAAUUCAGAAACAUUUGGGUCCAUUUUUUUAACUUUUGUGGUGUAAUGUAAGUCGUAUGUAUGACCUUCAUUUGAAAGAUUCUAUAUCUCACACAAUCGCGUGCUGACUGUCUCAGUUCUCCGUCCAGUAGCCGCCCACAGUUUACAGUCAUUGACACUUCUAGAUCCGAGUAUGAUUUCCUUGGAUGUUACAUUUUUAAAGAUUGACUUCAGCUGUAAGUAUUGUAAAAUACCAAAUCAUUAAGGCCAAACUGCAUUUUCAGCUCAUGGCAUGGUAUAAUAUCUCCAUCCCUGUCCAGUCUGAGUGAUGUUUAGGUGCUGCCAAGUGCUCUUUGCCUGCAGAGAGAGAAAUCAAUUAGUGGAUUACCUAUUGAAGCACUGUGUUUGGGGUAGUACCAUAAUGACUUAUGGAAAUCGAUUUGUUGUAUUCACAAAUAGUCCUCUUCUCCAGCCACUCCCAACUGCCUACUGUAUACAGAUAUUUAUUUUUGUAUGCCCAUGACUGUGGGAAUCUUGCAUUGUAUGCUAAAUAGUAAAGGUGGACGUCAGGAACACCUAGACCAGGUGUUCCUGAUGUCCACUGAGCAUAACCAGUUUCUUACGGUUCAUUUUAGGUUUCUUAUCCCGCCAUAGGAUGCCUUAUAAUAAUUUGUCAAUUUCCUUAAACCAUUGCUGGUGAAACUUUAAUGGUAUGGCUGAUAUAAGGAGGGAGUCUGGGUAGAAAGUUCAUCUUUAUCACCUCUGCUCUGCCCCAGAGUGAUAGAGGUAAUACUGUCCAUCUCCUUAUUUGCUCUUUAAUUAUAAAGUGUUAGGGACAUUUAAAUCGAUUAUCUCGCUGAUUGGAGAUCUGAUAUUUACCACUUCGUACCUUGAGGUUUCCGGACAAAGGGAGCAGAGCCGAGGUGUGCUGCAAAGGUGUGUGGGUUAAGAGGGGUAGUCUCACUUUUAGGACAAUACUACAUUGAUUUUGCAUCCAGAAAGUUGACCAAAUGUUUCUUUAAGUUUGGAUUGAGUGAGCUGGAUUAGAAUAGUGUUAAUAAUAUAUCAUCAUCAUAGAUAUUGCCUUUACAAUCAUAUCCAGUAAGAUGAACACCAGUUAUGUUUUGAUUAGCUCGGAUGACACAAGCCGGCGGUUCUGGCACUGAAAUGAAAAUGGCAGGCAAGGCUGGACAACCCUGCUGUGUGGAUCUGAUGAAAAGUUGGAGCGGAUGAGAUGCCAUUUGUUUUAACACGGGCAGGUGGUUCAUGAUAUAGUGCCUCGAUUCACUGCAUACAUGUUGGCCCAAACCCUAAUUCAUACAGCACAUGAAAUAAAUACGGACACUCUAAAGCUUUUUCAGCAUUCCAGUAAUAUUGAUAUAUAGGUUUAUAUUGGUAUUCUUUCACCUUGAAUAAUAAAGAGAAUGUUUGCAGAGUAUCUCCUCUUUGACCAAAUGGUAUGUUUCAUAUUUAUAUAGUUGUUAUUAAAU